GUGUGUGUGUGUAUUUCUCUCUAGAUUGUAUGAUGAACAUCCACAACCGGUGUGUGGCCAACGUUCCCAGUCUGUGUGGAACGGACCACACUGAGAGGAGAGGACGCAUCCAGAUCACAGCAGAUAUCAAGGACAACAAACUCACCGUCUACAUCCAGGAGGCUUGUAACCUGGUCCCCAUGGACCCUAACGGUCUGUCCGACCCCUACGUGAAGCUCAAACUCAUCCCCGACCCCAAGAGUGACACCAAGCAGAAGACCAAGACCAUCAAGUGUAACCUGAACCCCACCUGGAAUGAGAGCUUCACAUUUCCUCUGAAGGACUCUGAUAAGGACCGGCGUCUGUCGGUGGAGAUCUGGGACUGGGAUCUGACCAGCAGGAACGACUUCAUGGGAGCGCUCUCAUUCGGCGUCUCAGAGCUCCAGAAACAAGGAGUGGAUGGAUGGUUUAAAUUGUUGUCCCAGGAGGAGGGAGAAUACUUUAAUGUUCCUGUCCAACCAGACGGAGAAGACGGCAACGAGGAACUACGACAAAAGUUUGAGAGGGCUAAGAUUGGUCCCGGGAAGAACACAGACGGCUCCUCCUCUAACUCCACCUCUAAGUACGAUAGCAACGGUAACCAGGACCGCGUCAAACUGACAGACUUCAACUUCAUUAUGGUGUUGGGAAAGGGCAGCUUCGGGAAGGUGAUGUUAGCAGAGCGUAAAGGAGCAGACGAGCUGUACGCCGUAAAGAUCCUGAAGAAGGACGUGGUCAUUCAGGAUGAUGAUGUGGAGUGCACCAUGGUGGAGAAGAGGGUCCUGGCCCUGUCAGGGAAACCUCCCUUCCUCACACAGCUCCACUCCUGCUUCCAGACCAUGGACAGGUUAUAUUUUGUGAUGGAGUAUAUCAACGGAGGAGACCUCAUGUAUCAGAUCCAGCAGGUCGGCAAGUUCAAGGAACCCCACGCUGUUUUCUAUGCUGCAGAGAUCUCCAUCGGCCUCCUCUUCCUCCAUUCCAAAGGCAUCGUUUACCGGGAUCUGAAGCUGGACAACGUGAUGCUGGAUGCAGAAGGCCACAUUAAGAUCGCUGACUUUGGGAUGUGCAAAGAGAACAUGUUAGACGGUGUCACCACCAAGACCUUCUGUGGGACCCCAGACUACAUCGCUCCUGAGAUCAUAGCGUACCAGCCCUAUGGGAAGUCCGUGGACUGGUGGGCCUUUGGAGUUCUGCUCUACGAGAUGCUGGCUGGACAGCCUCCGUUCGAUGGUGAGGACGAGGAUGAGUUGUUCCAGUCCAUCAUGGAGCAUCACGUCUCCUACCCCAAGUCCAUGUCCAAGGAGGCUGUCGCCAUCUGCAAAGGGUUGAUGACCAAGCACCCAGGGAAGCGUCUGGGCUGUGGUCCGGAGGGGGAGAGGGAUAUAAAGGAACACGCUUUCUUCCGUUACAUGGACUGGGACAAACUGGAGAACAAGGAAGUCCAGCCGCCCUUCAAACCCAAAGCUUGCGGUCGCGACGCAGAGAACUUUGAUCGUUUCUUUACACGCCACCCCCCCAUCCUGACCCCCCCCGACCAGGAGGUCAUCAUGAACCUGGACCAGGAAGAGUUCCAGGGAUUCUCAUUCGUUAACCCAGAGUACCCCGACAUGGACUGACCUAUCACAGCUCUGCAUUAGCUCUGUGAUCCUGCCCCUCUUCCAGAUCUCAUAUCAUUCCAUCACCAGGAUAUAGUUUAGGACCAAAAGGGUGUAUCCCAGUUGUCUCUCCUCCCUCUUGAGCGUGCACUUGUUCACUACUCCUGAGUGGCGCGGCCGUCUGGUGGCAUCUCAGUGCACGAAGCGUCACUACAGUGCCUGGUUCGAAUCCCAGGCUGUGUCACAUCCGGCCGUGAUUGGGAGUCCUAAGAGGGCGGCGCACGAUUGGCCCAGCGUCGUCCGGGUUUUGGCCUGUGGGGGGGGGGGGGGGGGGUAAGGUCGUCAUUGUAAAUAAUAAUGUGUUCUUAACUGACUUGCCUAGUUAAAUAAAGAUUAAAUACAUUUUUUUUUUAUAUAUAAACACAAAUAUAAAAACAUGAUUGGCGUUAACCUGGAGUAGAGUCUCCAUUUACCACUCAUUUCCUUUCAAGUGAGGAAGUGUGUACUUUGGGAGGAAGGGGAGAGAAUUGGGACAUAGCCGAGGCCCUACCCAUAUCUACUGUUCUAACCUAAACACAGAUCUAGGAUCAGAUUCCCCAUGCCGCUAGUCUUAACUACCCAUAUCUACUGUUCUAACCUAAACACAGAUCUAGGAUCAGAUUCCCCAUGCCGCUAGUCUUAACUACCCAUAUCUACUGUUCUAACCUAAACACAGAUCUAGGAUCAGAUUCCCCAUGCCGCUAGUCUUAACUACCCAUAUCUACUGUUCUAACCUAAACACAGAUCUAGGAUCAGAUUCCCCAUGCCGCUAGUCUUAACUACCCAUAUCUACUGUUCUAACCUAAACACAGAUCUAGGAUCAGAUUCCCCAUGCCCCUAGUCUUAACUACCCAUAUCUACUGUUCUAACCUAAACACAGAUCUAGGAUCAGAUUCCCCAUGCCGCUAGUCUUAACUACCCAUAUCUACUGUUCUAACCUAAACACAGAUCUAGGAUCAGAUUCCCCAUGCCCCUAGUCUUAACUACCCAUAUCUACUGUUCUAACCUAAACACAGAUCUAGGAUCAGAUUCCCCAUGCCCCUAGUCUUAACCUGAACCAUUACGGAGAUCUGACCUCUGAUCAGCGGUUAAAGACAACUUCUACUGAAAACAGAACAGAAGGGGAAAAAAAUGCUGAAUCGAUCGAUUUUUCAACUAAUCGAUAAUCAAAUUGAUGAGUUACAUUCCCACCAUCAACCCAUCAAAUGACCUCCCAACUGUUACUGGGAUCAAUAUUUGACCGACUGAUCGAACUGAUCGACUUUCUUACUGUUUAAUGAUCAAUCAGGGUAUUGUUGUUUUGUUUGUAUUGAUUUAGGGAUCUCCCGUUAGGGAUUUAGAACUGUUGUGAAAUGUUAGCAUCGUGCUAUUACAACGAGGGAGGCUGAAAACACGUAUCCUCCUUGGGUACCGUCACCACCACCACCUCACACACCACGUUACGUUACUGUAAAACUGUGCCAAAGCAGGGUCAGAGUUCAGGGUCCAGUGUCCUCCGUUACGGGGGAGACACACGGCAGCCAUUUUGUGCCACAGAGCCCCAAACAACCCCACACCUCGGGAAUAGCAUUCACUGCAACUGGAAACGCACGGACACACCAGGGCUCAUCUCCAAUAGUCUUGUCAACCCGGUCCAACCACACAUCCUCUAGAUAUCGCUCUGAGACCAGGGCCCGUUCCCCAUAGUGACCUGCUAUUGACCAGGGAGGGCCCAUUCCCUCUAUAGUGACCUGCUAUUGACCAGGGAGGGCCCGUUCCCCAUAGUGACCUGCUAUUGACCAGGGAGGGCCCAUUCCCUCUAUAGUGACCUGCUAUUGACCAGGGAGGGCCCAUUCCCUCUAUAGUGACCUGCUAUUGACCAGGGAGGGCCCAUUCCCUCUAUAGUGACCUGCUAUUGACCAGGGCCCAUUCCCCAUAGUGACCUGCUAUUGACCAGGGCCCAUUCCCUCUAUAGUGACCUGUUAUUGACCAGGGCCCGUUCCCCAUAGUGACCUGCUAUUGACCAGGGAGGGCCCAUUCCCUCUAUAGUGACCUGCUAUUGACCAGGGAGGGCCCAUUCCCUCUAUAGUGACCUGCUAUUGACCAGGGAUGGCCCAUUCCCUCUAUAGUGACCUGCUAUAGGGCCCAUUCCCUCUAUAGUGACCUGCUAAUAGGGCCCAUUCCCUCUAUAGUGACCUGCUAUAGGGCCCAUUCCCUCUAUAGUGACCUGCUAUAGGGCCCAUUCCCUCUAUAGUGACCUGCUAUAGGGCCCAUUCCCUCUAUAGUGACCUGCUACAGGGCCCAUUCCCUCUAUAGUGACCUGCUAAUAGGGCCCAUUCCCUCUAUAGUGACCUGCUACAGGGCCCAUUCCCUCUAUAGUGACCUGCUAAUAGGGCCCAUUCCCUCUAUAGUGACCUGCUAUAGGGCCCAUUCCCUCUAUAGUGACCUGCUAUAGGGCCCAUUCCCUCUAUAGUGACCUGCUAUAGGGCCCUGGCUCAGUAGAAAGUAGUGCACUUCAUAGGGAAUAGGGUGUGAUUUCAGACGCUGUCUAGGAAUUAUCUGACCACUGCCAAACAGAGAUGUUGUUGUUUAUACUUAACCAGGGUGGUUAGUUAGUACUUGGUUAGUUAACCAGGGUGGUUAGUUAGUACUUGGUUAGUUAACCAGGGUGGUUAGUUCGUACUGGUUUAGUUAACCAGGGUGGUUAGUUAGUAAUUGGUUAGUUAACCAGGGUGGUUAGUUAGUACUUGGUUAGUUAACCAGGGUGGUUAGUUCAUACUUGGUUAGUUAACCAGGGUGGUUAGUUAGUACUUGGUUAGUUAACCAGGGUGGUUAGUUAGUACUUGGUUAGUUAACCAGGGUGGUUAGUUAGUACUAGGUUAGUUAACCAGGGUGGUUAGUUCAUACUUGGUUAGUUAACCAGGGUGGUUAGUUAGUACUUGGUUAGUUAACCAGGGUGGUUAGUUAGUACUUGGUUAGUUAACCAGGGUGGUUAGUUAGUACUUGGUUAGUUAACCAGGGUGGUUAGUUAGUACUUGGUUAGUUAACUGGUUAUUAGUACCGGGGGGUUGGGAAGUGUUCUGUAACUGUUUAAAGAGAGUUCUGAUUAUAUUACCAUGCAGUUAAAUGUGUCAAACUGUAAAAUAAUGGAAAUGUAUUGUUUCUUUCUUGUGUCAAGAGUGACUGAGGAUGAUGAGGAGGAGGAGGAUGACAAUGAGGAUAAUGAUGAUGAUGAUGAUGAUGAUAGCUGAAUCUUGUUUUGUGUGUCCGCUGAGCUAAAGGCCUUAUCUGAACUUGGGGAGUUAACUCUACUGAAUGAUGAUGAUGAUGAUGAUGAUGAUGAUGAUGAUGAUGAUGAUAGCUGAAUCUUGUUUUGUGUGUCCGCUGAGCUAAAGGCCUUAUCUGAACUUGGGGAGUUAACUCAAGCGUCUGCUGUCUUACAGUAAACGUACAGAGGUUUGUAACGAUGUAGGGAGAGGGGGUGUGUCUUGUACGUGUAAAUCUGUCUUCUGAUUGGAAAAUAUAAUAUAACUCAACUCA